AUGACACUUGCCGCAGCUGCAAAGAGAUCUGGGUUGUUUGUCGGCCACGGGAGUUUGCCUCGGCUACAUUUGGCCUGGAACUUCUUGCAUUUCUCUCCCACAGGCUCGGGCACCGGCAUAGCAGGUGCAGCAAGCGUUUUGCAAUCAGCUCCAACUCGCUUGAAGAGCAGGAACAGCUGCAACAGCAGCACUACGAAGUGCAGCAAAAGGAAUGGCCAGAGCGCCAGCGCCAUCUGCGCCCAUUCCCUACCCCGCAGCACUCAAGGGGGGGCCGCUUUAGCCGUUGCCACAGCAGGUUUCUCGGUUUUCGCCCUUGGGUGGCAGGGCAGAAACAGCAGCAGCAGCAGCAGCAGCAGUGGGAGUAGAAUUGCCCAUUGCGCCUCGUGUCCUUCUAGGGGAUCUCGCGUUUACGUGUGGGGAUCCAACAUCGACGGGCAAGUGGGCGUUGGCUCAGCCCUAUCUGUUUCCCUCCCUGUGGUGCUUUCUUCCUUACCACUAAGGCCCAACGAAACCGUCCUUAGCCUUUCAGGCGGGCCCCGCCAUUCUGCUUGCGUGACAUCGGAAGGCCGGGUCUUCUCAUGGGGGAGAGGAGGUGCAGGUGACUGUGGGGGACCCUCGGCUGCUGAGGGCCCCCAAGAGGUUCUGCUGCCGCUGGAGAAGGGGGACCGACCUCUUUCGGUGUGUUGUGGCAACGGCUUCUCUCUGGUAGUUACUGAGAUGGGGUGCCUGUACACGUGGGGCAGCAACAGCCACGGCCAGUGCGGUCGGCCCCCCCACGAGGCUUCUUCUGACCACCAGGAGUUGGGGCUUAGCGCAGAUAAGUCUUUCUUGAAGGGCAUUGACAGGCGGGAUGUCUUUGGGGGGAGGGCGCGAUCUUCUCCUUUCCUACCUCCUGGGAAGGUGGGGGGCCUUCUGGCCACGCGAAAGGUUGUGGGGGCGUCCUGCGGGGACCGCAUGUGUGCUGCAGUUACAUCAGACGGGGAGGUCUUUGUCUGGGGAGACGCGCGGGCAGGGGGGAUGCAUGGAGGCGACAGAACCCAGGAGGGAAGGCCCCUACCUCAUGAACCGCGUUUGGUGCCCCUGCCAGCCGAGGAGGAGGGGGGCCCUGCACGGGCUGUCUCCGUUGCAUGCGGAGAGAGCCACUGCAUGGCGCUUAGCGAAAGGGGUUUUGUGUACACAUGGGGGAGCAACUUCUAUGGGCAGCUCGGUCUGGGAGGAGGCCCCCGCACCGUGGAGGGGCCCCAGCUGGUUUCAGCGUUGAAGGACCAGAAUGUGGUUGCCGUUGCGUGCGGGGCUCAGCACAGUUUGUGUUUAACACAGGAUGGGAAGGUGUUUGUGUGGGGCUACGGCAAAGACGGGCAGUGCGCAGAGCCGACCCACCUCGACGUACCUCUGCCCCUUCAGGUGGACUUCGGGGACUCCUCAGGAACGCCCUCAGUUGGCCGCUGCACGCAGAUCAGUGGGGGGGAGGGGCACAGCCUUGCUUUGUGCGGAGAAGGCAAACUAUAUGUUUGGGGCCGCGGCCGAGAAGGCCAGCUGGGCAGGGGGGGACUCAUAGAGAGCCCUGCAGCGUCGCGGGACGUCCCCGUUGAGGUCACUCUCGGCGACAGUGAGAAAGUUGUUUUAGCCGCAUGUGGGGGCUGCCACACUGUUGCAGCGACGAGGCCAUCCACUGCUUGA